AUGGCGCACUUAUCCAUCUCAUUACCUGCGGUCGUGAUCAUAGCGGCACUAAUGCUGCGGCUCUCCGCUACCAGUGGAGCGACUCCGGUGAUCGGGAUGCCGGGCUGCGACACAACCUGCGGCGACAUGAGCGUGCCGUACCCGUUCGGCAUCGGCCCGGAAAGGUGCUACCACUCGGUGGGGUUCAACCUCACCUGCGACACCAGCAGCAACCCUCCACGGCUACUCCUCGGUGAUGGCACCCUCCGAGUCAUAGACAUCGACUCCGAGAUGUCCGCGGUCACCGCCGUUUAUGUGGGAGGCAUAAAGUUUGAUGCCGAUGGCAACGGCAAGUUAAGCGGCGGCCUUAGGGACGAUGGGCCCUUCGGGCUCUCAAGGUUCCCGAAUGAGCUCACACUGAUGGGUUGCAAUGUGCAGGCAACGUUGAAGAAUGGCAACAUCACCAUGAGCAGUUGUUCCUCGUUGUGCCAGGACGGCAUUGGACUCGUCGACGAGGAGCCGUUGACCAGUCCUACCAGAUCCCUCCGAUGCUCUGGCUGGGGAUGCUGCCAAGCCGACAUCAUCAUCGACCAUGAGGAGGUUGAGGGGAAGCUUGUCCCCAUCACUUCCUACGAUGUGGAGCUGAAAUGGUUGGGUUGGAACCGCAGCGCGGACAAUGAGUGGCCCGUGACGGUGUUCGUUGCGCGGAGUGCGUGGUUCGGAAACCGCUGGUUGUCUGGCGGUUUUUCGCCUACCUCACACUCCCCGUCCUUGAUGGAAGUUCCCCUUUGGAUUGGGUGGGAAGUUUUAGGCCAUGGUGUAGAAUCUCAUAAUGAGAGCGACUAUUUGUCCUUGGGAUGCCCACUGGUAUGCAAAAGCAACCACAGCCGUUGCGAAAACGGUGCACGGGGAGGAUAUACGUGCUUUUGCGAACCUGGUUACGAAGGCAAUCCCUACAUGGGCGACGGAUGCCAAGACAUCGAUGAGUGCAAGCAUCCGGAAAUUUGGUCGUGCUAUGGUAAUUGUACCAAUACGGAGGGAUGGUAUGAAUGUCUGUGCCCGGUAGGAACCCAGGGCAACCCCGGCCUGCCUGGUGGAUGUUAUAUUUCCCUUGAAGCUAGCUGCAGUAGAUCUUGUGGGGGCGUGACAGUGCCAUUCCCGUUCGGCGUAGGCCCAUCCGAGUGCUACUGGGAAGGGUUCGGCCUCACCUGUGAUGCCACAAGCAAACCCCCGAGGUUGUUGCUCCUGGACGACCAAGAGGGUACCUUACAAGUCAAUGGGAUCUCCCUCGUGAACAACACGGUACGAGUCCUCCGCACCGGCGGCGAUUCAAUCGCGGGUCCUGAAGAUGGUCUUUUCAUGGAUGUUGGGAGUAUUUUCACGGGCACCGGAGAGAGACCAUACUCGCUGUCCUCCGGAAAUGAGCUCAUCCUCGUGGGGUGCAACGUGCAAGCGACACUGUUCGGUGAUGGCAACCGGGCCAUCAUCAGUGGCUGCGCCUCCUUCUGCCCAAUCACAGAAAGUGGCAACACCACCAGCACCAACACCGGGAUAGAGCCGAUUAACGGCACCGACAAGUACUGCUACGGCAUGGGCUGCUGCCAGGCACGCAUCCCCAUUUCGGCAGGCAGCAUGCCUAAGCAUCUGGUCUUGAAAAAGUUCGACCAGAACAAUGCCCAGCAGGAGUCGCCACUCUCGUACAUGCUGAUUGCGGAGGAGGGGUGGUUCAAUCACGGGCGGGUCUCCAGUGAGGUGUUGCAGCAGCCUCCGCCAAUACCACACACCAUGGCGACAAGGAGAACAAAUCUGCAGGUUCCCAUGCUUCUGCGCUGGGAGGUUGUCAAAGGUUUACCACGAGCUAACAAAAUGAAGUCGCAAUCAAAUUGUCCUCGAGAGGUAGCACGCAAACUCUGCAAGAGCAAGAACAGCUACUGCAAGUCAGGGAACAGAGGCUACUCGUGCCAGUGCAGCGAUGAUUACCACGGCAACCCGUACGUCACCAACGGAUGCCAAGGUAGAAACAUCGUUAUCGGGGUUGCUAGUGGUGUGGGUAUCAUACUUUUGGUUCUCAUUGCUUUCUUCAUUUUAAAAUAUAUCAAGCAUCAGAGGGCACAAAUGAUGAAACGGAAGUACUUCGACCAGAAUAGGGGGCAACUAUUGGAGCAAUUGGUAUCACAAAGAGCAGAUAUUGCAGAAAGAAUGAUCAUAAAGUUGGAAGAGCUAGAGAAGGCAACAAACAACUUUGAUAAAGCUCGCGAGCUUGGCGGCGGAGGGCAUGGUAUAGUCUACAAAGGAAUUUUAUCAGAUCUUAAUGUCGUAGCAAUAAAAAAACCAAAGAAGGUAGUCCAAAAGGAGAUUGAUGAGUUCAUAAACGAGGUUGCUAUACUGUCACAAAUAAACCAUCGAAAUGUGGUUAAACUCUAUGGUUGCUGCCUUGAAACAGAAGUCCCGAUGUUAGUUUAUGAGUUCAUAUCCAAUGGAACCCUUUAUGACCAUCUUCAUGUCGAAGGAUCAAGAUCACUGUCAUGGAAUAACAGGUUACGGAUAGCAACUGAGACAGCCAAAUCCCUGGCAUAUCUUCACUCAACGGCUUCAGUACCCAUCAUCCAUAGAGACAUUAAGUCAGUUAAUAUACUUUUAGAUGACACUUUAAGAGCAAAGGUAGCAGAUUUUGGAGCUUCAAGGUAUAUUGCUGUGGAGAAAUCAGGUUUAACAACGAUGGUGCAGGGAACUAUCGGAUAUUUGGAUCCUAUGUACUUCUACACAGGGCGGCUCACAGAGAAGAGUGAUGUCUACAGCUUUGGCGUCAUGGUUGUAGAGUUACUGACAAGAAAGAAGCCGUUCUCAUAUAUCUCAUCCGAAGGUGAUGGACUUGUUGCACACUUUGCUAUCUUGUUUGCAGAACACAGUCUAUCACAGAUUCUAGAUCCUCAAGUUGUAGACGAGGGAAGUACAGAAGUCCAGGAAGUUGCCGCUCUUGCAGUAGCAUGUAUACAGUUAAAAGGAGAGGAUCGUCCAACUAUGAGACAAGUGGAGUUGACACUAGAAAGGCUUCAAUCAUCUAAUCAAGUUAUUUCAUACAAUGUGGUUGAUGAGGAAUUUGUGGAAGAUGGUAUUAAAAUAAAUUAUCCAUUGAGUCCGGAUGGAAGAAGAGGCGAGGACUAUUUCAUGGAACCACAUAACACCCCCAGUAGUUCCACUAAUUAG